CUGAUAAUUAGUGAAGGAGAUUUGGCUGUUCAGCUCUUUCAAUUCCAUACAAAUUGAGGUUGCUCUGCAACAUGCUUAAGCAAUUUUAAUGUUGAAAAUCUUUGUCCCGAGGGAUUUGAAAAUCCAGCCCCCAGAGGAAGCAAAAUCAAAUUCUACUACUAUUCUCGGCUUAAGGAUGGGAGGAACUGAAGAAAGAGAUAAACAUGAGGAUGAAGUUGAGGAGAAGAAAAAGAAGGAGAAAUCCAAGGACACAGAAGGAAAAGAUGAAGAAAAAUCUAAGGAGAAGAAGAAGAAGAAAGAUAAGGAUGGGAAAGAGAAGGAGAAGAACCCUGAAGAUAACAAAGAUCCUGUUAAACUGAGGGCAAAGCUUGGAAAACUAGACUCCAAGAUGCAGGCACUUACGGCUAAGAGAGAGGAGAUAUUGAAGCUGCUUCAAGAAGUUGAAACCAAGCCAAGUGAAAGUAAUGAGCCCGCAGUUGGCCUCGUCACAGGUUAACUAUUUUAUUUUAUAUCAUUUGUAUCAUUUGUAUCACUCCUCCAUAUGUAUUUACACUGUAAUUUGGAGAGUGGGUAUUUAAUUUUGCCAGCUUUAGAUUGUUGGCUGUAUAUUGACUCAUAGUAAAAUGAGAUGUAUAAUAUAUUAACUACUAGAGACUCUUUAUUAUUGAUUUGAACUUUAUAAUC